AUGCUGGCUAGAAACAACUCCUUAGUGACUGAGUUCAUUCUUGCUGGAUUAACAGAUCGUCCAGAGUUCCGGCAACCCCUCUUUUUCCUGUUUCUAGUGAUCUACAUUGUCACCAUGGUAGGCAACCUUGGCUUGAUCACUCUUUUCAGUCUAAAUUCUCACCUCCACACACCAAUGUACUAUUUCCUCUUCAAUCUCUCCUUCAUUGAUCUCUGUUACUCCUCUGUUUUCACUCCCAAAAUGCUAAUGAACUUUGUAUCAAAAAAGAAUAUUAUCUCCUAUGUUGGGUGCAUGACUCAGCUGUUUUUCUUUCUCUUUUUUGUCAUCUCUGAAUGCUACAUGUUGACCUCAAUGGCAUAUGAUCGCUAUGUGGCCAUCUGUAAUCCAUUGCUGUAUAAGGUCACCAUGUCCCAUCAGGUCUGUUCUAUGCUCACUUUUGCUGCUUACAUAAUGGGAUUGGCUGGAGCCACGGCCCACACCGGGUGCAUGCUUAGACUCACCUUCUGCAGUGCUAAUAUCAUCAACCAUUACUUGUGUGACAUACUCCCCCUCCUCCAGCUUUCCUGCACCAGCACCUAUGUCAACGAGGUGGUUGUUCUCAUUGUUGUGGGUAUUAAUAUCAUGGUACCCAGUUUUACCAUCCUCAUUUCUUAUGUUUUCAUUGUCACUAGCAUUCUUCAUAUCAAAUCCACUCAAGGAAGAUCAAAAGCCUUCAGUACUUGUAGCUCUCAUGUCAUUGCUCUGUCUCUGUUUUUUGGGUCAGCGGCAUUCAUGUAUAUUAAAUAUUCUUCUGGAUCUAUGGAGCAGGGAAAAGUUUCUUCUGUUUUCUACAUUAAUGUGGUGCCCAUGCUCAAUCCUCUCAUCUACAGUUUGAGGAACAAGGAUGUCAAAGUUGCACUGAGGAAAGCUCUGAUUAAAAUUCAGAGAAGAAAUAUAUUCUAAUUAGAAGCAGUAAUGAUGUAAAACGAUUGAAGAACUUUAAAUUUUUAUUAGUGUGUUCCAUGAAGAGAUUUUGUUGCUUCUACAGAUGGUGUUAUGUGUGAUUUAAUAAACUUGUCUUAUCAUUUCUCUUAUGAAAUCAUCUUGUCUCUUUUUUUGGUUUUGCAUCUCUGGCACUUCUCACAAUUUUACUAAAUAGGUCAUGGCAUCUUUGUAAAAGGAACAUAUGCACUGAUAUUUUUCAUCAUCAUUUUAUAUCCUUCCUCUCUCCUGGGCUAUUCUUAAUUGGACAUAUAUGGUAAAUUUCAUGAAUUAUAAAGAUGUCAAAGUCACGGCUUUCUCACCUAAACUCAGAAGUGCCAAAUAUGAUAGAAGCAUUCUUAUUUUUAUCAACAUUGUUACAGAUAUAGGCAGCUGGAUUUGAUGAAAUAUAUCCACUACAAAUGGUAGGUAAUUUAAAGCAGAAUGAGCGCCCCUUGAUCUUGUCCUUUUGUUCUGUAUUAUCACCAUUUUGCCUUUUAUUAUUCUGACUUUUCUUGUUCCCUUUGAGAAUGGCAAAAUUUGUACCACAUGCCGUUUGCUUCUGAGAACCUCUAUCAGUCCAGUGCAUUUGAUACAGCAGAGAAUAUGUGUAUCUCCACCUUUUAUUGCCAAAGGCAGCAUUUACAGAGGAUGAUUAGAGAAAUAAUACAUGUGCACCUCAGGAUUCCAAUAAGUGGGUCCAUUGUUUACAUUAUAAAACUUUCAUUCAUUGCUAUCUAAAACAGCAUUGAAAAUUUUGAAAAAAGCGUGUAGUUCCUACUGUAAAUGUUAUUUUUUUACUCGUUAUAGGUAAAUACUGCACAUUAAGUUAGCAGAAAUAUUUUACACAAUGGUUAC